AUGGCUGAGAAGUGGGCUCGGCAAGUUUGCAGCGGGGCCGGCGCAGCGGCGGGGCGCAGGCGGCCCAGGGCGCGCUCGUCUCGGCCGCUCCUGCUGCUGGCGGCGGUGCUGCUGCUGUGGGCGGAGGCGCCGGUGCUUCCCGCUCGCGGCCAGGCGCAACAGCAGCAGUACAACGGCGAGCGGGGCAUCUCGGUGCCGGACCACGGCUACUGCCAGCCUAUCACCAUCCCGCUGUGCACGGACAUCGCGUACAACCAGACCAUCAUGCCCAACUUGCUGGGCCACACCAACCAGGAGGACGCGGGCCUGGAGGUGCACCAGUUCUACCCGCUGGUCAAAGUGCAGUGCUCAGCCGAGCUCAAGUUCUUCCUGUGCUCCAUGUACGCGCCCGUGUGCACCGUGCUGGAGCAGGCGCUGCCGCCUUGCCGCUCCCUGUGCGAGCGGGCGCGCCAGGGCUGCGAGGCGCUCAUGAACAAGUUCGGCUUCCAGUGGCCCGACACGUUGCGCUGCGAGAAGUUCCCCGUGCACGGCGCCGGCGAGCUGUGCGUGGGCCAGAACACCUCCGAGCGCGGCACCCCCACGCCCUCGCUGGGGCCCGAGUUCUGGACCAGCAACCCCCAGCUGCGGCCGGGCCUCGGAGGGGCAGGCGGAGGGGCGGGCGGGGGAGGAGGAGGAGGGGGCCACCUGGCGGACCGGGCAGGCAGGUUCACCUGCCCCAGGGUGCUCAAGGUGCCCUCCUACCUCAACUACCGCUUCCUGGGUGAGAAGGAUUGCGGGGCCCCGUGUGAACCGGGCCGCCCUUACGGCCUCAUGUACUUUGGGCAGGAGGAGCUGCGCUUCUCGCGCACUUGGAUUGGCAUCUGGUCGGUGCUGUGCUGCGCUUCUACCCUUUUCACCGUGCUCACCUACCUGGUGGACAUGAAGCGCUUCAGCUACCCGGAGAGGCCCAUCAUCUUCCUCUCGGGUUGUUAUACCGCCGUGGCCGUGGCCUACAUUGCAGGGUUCCUGCUUGAGGAGAAGGUGGUCUGCAACGAGCGCUUUUCUGACGACGGCUCGCGGACAGUGGCCCAGGGCACCAAGCGAGAAGGGUGCACCAUCCUGUUCAUGAUGCUUUAUUUCUUUGGCAUGGCCAGUUCCAUCUGGUGGGUGAUCCUCUCCCUCACCUGGUUCCUGGCUGCUGGCAUGAAGUGGGGCCACGAGGCCAUUGAGGCCAACUCACAAUACUUCCAUCUGGCUGCUUGGGCAGUCCCUGCCAUCAAAACCAUCACCAUCUUGGCCUUGGGGCAGGUGGACGGAGAUGUGCUCAGUGGCGUCUGCUUUGUGGGCAUCAAUAACGUGGAUGCCUUGCGGGGCUUUGUGCUGGCGCCUUUGUUUGUUUACUUAUUCAUUGGCACUUCUUUCCUGCUGGCUGGAUUUGUGUCCCUGUUCAGAAUCAGGACCAUCAUGAAGCAUGACGGCACCAAGACAGAAAAACUGGAGAAGCUGAUGGUAAGGAUAGGGAUCUUCAGCGUCUUGUACACAGUGCCUGCCACCAUAGUCAUCGCCUGCUAUUUUUACGAGCAAGCUUUUAGGGAACAAUGGGAAAUGAGUUGGUUUGCUCAGAGCUGCAAGAGCUACGCCAUCCCUUGCCCUAGCAACCACCAUCAUCCACCCAUGAGUCCUGACUUCACGGUCUUCAUGAUCAAGUAUCUCAUGACCUUAAUUGUAGGAAUCACCUCUGGCUUCUGGAUCUGGUCUGGGAAAACACUCAAUUCUUGGAGGAAGUUCUACACCAGACUCACCAACAGCAAGCAAGGAGAAACUACAGUGUGAAGUUCGCACAACAACUAGGAAUAGCUUCCAAAAAACUUCACUGUGUGUCCACAGUCCCAGCCAGAGACUGGAGGAGAAAGUGCCUGCACACCCACUCUCAUAAGUUUCCUUGGACAGGGUCUUCUCUCUUCAGCCCACAGGACACUGACAUGAAAGAGGCUGGUGGACGGACAGACAGAUCUUUUUCUCCCUGUCUUCUGCUGGACUAAGCUUACAGUAAAAUUGGGAAUGUGACUUUGAGGUUGUUGUAAAUAGCCUCUGUAAGAUUUUGUAAGUAUGUUUGUAUUUAAAUUGAAAAGUCCUCACUUUCGUAAUUAUUUAAAACUUUUUUAACCCCUUUGCAGACUUUUCUCCAUUUUUGAAGAAAAACAAAGACAGAAAGCUAAUGUUCUAUUUUAUUUUUAGUGCAAAAUUGAAAAAUAGGAAACCAGAAUGAGCCCACCACCACCAAAUAUAAUGUUGUGAUGGUUGCUAUUUGCUCCAGGAUUUAGGCUGACUGAUGAAGUGGGUUAUAAUCCACAAAAGGUUAUGCCAGAAUAAAUUUGUUAGUCUUUAAGGUGCCGCAAGGCUCUUCAUUGUUUUUGCUGCAAUAGACUAACUCGACUACCCUCUGGAAAUAAUUGGUCAUAAUGCUAGAAUUUUUUGCAAGAUGUCCCCUAGAACUAAUGGUUUCAGGAAAGUUAUAAUGGUGGGGGUGCAGCUGACUUGAUCUAUGCUGCAUGACAACAACUGUAUGCAGGGAGUGGAAGAGUCGUAACUCUGAUUCUUGCUCAGUAUGACCUGAAGGAAUUAAAGGAGCAAGCAGUUUUACUGGUUCCAGUUCCAUGGUGGGAGGAGUUUGGGGAAGGGAAUGUGUGUUACCCAACUGCCUGCCUUGCCCUUGCCUAAGAAAACUUUUCUCCCGCGCCACCAAAUUCUUUGUGAGAGAGUCUCCUAAGCCCUGCCUAAAGCUGUGACCUGUUUUUAAGAACUAUGAAACUGAAGUGUUGGGAGUGUAAUUUUCUCACCAACUGUUCCUGUACACGUCUGAUAGGGUUUUUUUCCCCAGUACUGUAACAUUUCUCCUAACUUUGUGUAAUAUAUUGAACAUACAGUUGGCUUUUUAAGGCAGGAAGGGGCAACUUUCACCUUCUGCAGAAAUAAGGCCUUUGGUUGUUGAUGUUACUCUAUACUGAGAAGGAGAACUGUGCAUUUUGAUUGUGAUUUGAUACUCCAUUUCUUAACAGUUUGCUUCUUUGGUAUAUUUUUGUUUUUCUGUUUAAUGAGUUUGCUGGAAGAGAACUACCAGGAAGGCAUUAAUGUGCUGAUUUUGCAAAGAAACUCAUGCUGACCAAGAAUACGGGUGGGGGUGGGGGAAUUAAACCCUAUGAAAGAUCCCAGCAACUUGGAUUAUUCAGAUUUCCAAAGUAUUUAUAACAUUGACAUUUCAUUUCCACAUAUCUUUAUAACUGGUAGGCUUUAAUUCCUUAUUAAUAGGUGAUUGAAAGGCGUGAUGAUUUAUGCCACCAGGAAAACGAAAUUUCAGCUGAAUGAUAGGGUGUGAAAAACCUUAAAGAAUCCACAAGCCCUGAUGUUUCAAUAUAGUAAUUUAUAUGUAAAGCUAAGAGAGCCUGUGUAUGAUUGGUCUAUGCUCUCUCUAAACUGUUAUGGCUCAUAUUUCCUUAACAGGUUUAUACAAGAUGUGUCAAAUUUAACUGGCAAACACAUUUUAAUAUUUAAUCCUUUGUAUGGCAAAGCAGGCUUGCUGCUCUUCUGAUCGUACUGUUUCAAACUUUUUAUAUAAGCACCUGUCGUAAAUAUUAUCUAUGACUUAACCAUACCCUAAAAUGCAUAGCUAUAUGAAUUUGGUAUGCAUUUAUUUCUGUUCACUAUCGCAAGAUCAUCUAUAUUUAUAGAGGAAUAGAAGUUUAUAUAUAAAUAUAUAUAAAAUACAUAUUUUUAAUUUCUUUGAAAUAAAUUGAGGUUUUGUACAAAAUUAU